AUAGUAACAUUAUUUUUUUUUCAAUUACACAGACAUCACUACAUCUCUUAUCAUUAGUUUUCCGAAAAUUCCUUUUCCACUUUGCCUCUGUUCGGUUGUUUCUUCAACGUGGCAUGGCCUGCAGGGAAAGCUAAAAUGAUAUGACAAACAUCUGUGAUCAUAAUAAUAAUAAUUUUAGCAAAAAAAAAAUUGUAACAAGUUCAGUUGUCUGUGGCAUGUCGGUGAUGAUAUGGACGAAGUUCCAGGGGCUUUAGGGACAAGUGCUAGUUUGGCUUUGAGAUUAGGACAGUCUCUAUUCUCUGUUGCUUCACUUCUUUUCAUGUGUUUGGAUGUUGCUUUCUAUAGCUACACUUCUUUCUGCUUUUUGGUGACGGUGAUGGGUUUGGUUAUAUCAUGGAGCUUGACACUAGCGAUGGUGGAUGCAUUCUCAGUUUUUAUUAAACGCCCAUCUCGUCAACCCCGGAUAAUCUCAGUAGUUGUAUUAGGAGAUUGGGUCCUUUCAUUUCUGUCACUAGCUGCAUCAUGCUCAACGGCUAGUGCGGCUGACCUCCUGAUUCAUUCUGGUAGCCCGUUCUGCGAUGGGAAUUUAUGCAGCCGAUAUCAACUCUCUGCUGCCAUGGCUUUCUUGUCUUGGUUUCUGUCAUUGGCGUCUUCCCUGUUCAAUCUUUGGCUUCUCCCCAACUUAUAGUAUUAACCUUGAGGAAAUUCGGGUGGCUUUGUAUAUGGCACAACUUGCAUAUAGUCUUUCGGAGUUCAUACUCAAUUGUAGAUGACACACAGAGUUUGGAAUAAAAAGAUGAAAUGUUAUAGAAGGAAAGUAA